CGGGGCCGUUCCCGCGGACGGGCCGUACCGGGCGCCGCCAUGGAGCUGGGCGAGAUGCUCUACAACAAGUCCGAGUACAUCGAGACGGCCUCCGGGAACAAGGUGAGCCGGCAGUCGGUGCUGUGCGGGAGCCAGAACAUCGUGCUCAACGGCAAGACCAUCGUCAUGAACGACUGCAUCAUCCGCGGGGACCUGGCCAACGUGCGCGUCGGGCGGCACUGCGUGGUGAAGAGCCGGAGCGUCAUCCGGCCGCCCUUCAAGAAGUUCAGCAAAGGGGUCGCCUUCUUCCCUCUGCACAUCGGGGAUCACGUCUUCAUUGAGGAAGACUGUGUUGUCAAUGCCGCUCAGAUUGGCUCCUAUGUCCACAUAGGCAAGAACUGCGUCAUCGGUCGCCGGUGUGUCCUGAAAGACUGCUGCAGAAUCCUUGACAACACAGUGUUGCCCCCGGAAACAGUGGUCCCGCCUUUCACGGUCUUCUCCGGCUGCCCAGGGCUCUUCUCGGGGGAGCUGCCCGAGUGCACACAGGAGCUGAUGAUGGACGUCACCAAGAGCUACUACCAGAAGUUCCUGCCCCUCACCCAGAUUUGAGGAGGGGUCUUAGGAUUGGCACAGCCUGCGGGGGCCCUGCAGGCAGCCGGCUCCAGAGCUGCCCAGC